AUGGCUACCUUCCGUCUUUUCGACCUCCCAGAGGAGCUUGUGAUCCAGGCUACCAGUCACAUGGACAACAGGAAUCUGGCCAAGUUUUGCCGGUGUUCAAAAGACUCUAACCGUCUGGGCCGGCUCAUGCUCUACAGGUUGCCAGAGAAAGACAUCAAAGCGGUCUCUGAAUGGGCUGAUGAACACAACCAACCAAAUACCAUGCUCAUGCUUAUUCAACGCAAUGAACGUGCAAUUUCGGCAAACCCAGACUUGGCCUGUAACGCGCUGCAUUUGGCUUGCACCCAUGGCUAUGCCUUUCUGCUCAAGGCCCUGCUAGACCUUGGAGUCUCGCCAAACGCAAAUACUGCCAGCCCUCACUCCGGUUAUCGGCCUCUUGAAGUGGCUGCGAUGCAUGGCCAGAGGAAGAUAAUGAGCAUUUUAUCAUCCGCGGGGGGAAAGCUUGGUUCGCUGCGGUUUCCCAACAACUAUGUGAUACUCUUAGACGAAAAGCCCGAUGCGCUGGAGGUGGCCCGUGACCUUAUCAAGCAUGGAUUUGAUAUUAACGAACUAGGCCCCCACGAUGACAACUUCUUGCAGCACACAUGCAGAGACAAAUACGGAGGACCAGCGUACCGUGCCCUGAAAAUCCAGCUCCUUAUUCAACUUGGGUUCGAUGUUAACAAACCCUCUUCUGAUGGGCUGACGCCCCUGGAAUUAGCGCUUGCCGACUCGAAGUAUGACCCCGUUGAGAUAGUCAAGUGUCUCCUGGAUGGAGGUGCCACUGUUAAGGGGAAGCCACGUCUCCAGCUUCUACGUCAGGCCUGUAUAAACGAGCACACUCGUACACUCGCCUUACUGCUGGACACCGUCAAAGCCGAGUUUCCCGAUCUAGCUAGCAACCCCCGCAGCAGCCUGAUGCUGUUGUACAAAAACUGGUCCGCCAAACUCCGGUGCUUCCCUCCCGCAGAGGAUAUGCUGUGCUACGCCGCCGCCCUGGGAGACAUCACGUCUCUCGUCGAGCUCCUGGAGCAGGGCGUGGACCCAGACACCGACAUAGGCGGGACCACCCCGCUCAUCGCCGCGGUGACAAACGGCCACAUCGAAACAGCCAAGUUCCUGAUCCCCCGCGUGUCCAACUUCGACCAGCUGAACCGCCAUCAGCGCACCGCCCUGCAUCAGGCAGUGUGCCUAGAGCACUACGAACUCGCUCGUCUCCUCAUCCCGCAGACCUCAAUCCUCAUCAAACCCGACAGAGCGCGCCGCACCCCCCUCCGCGACGCAGCCAUAUACGGGCCACCGGCCAUCGUCGCCAUGCUCCUGGACCGUCUCCUGGACCCAGCUUGCCAGACGCCGGCAGGUCAAGAAUUAUUCCCGUUCGACCGACACCACAGGACGCGCAAUGAAUUCGCCGCCGCGACGGCGCUACGCAGCGCCAUACAAGGGGGCCGGCUCGAGACGGUCCAAAUGCUGCUCCAGCGCGCGGACGUCAUAAAGUGGGGGAUCGACGACGAGCUUCUCCUGGACGCAUUGCCCCACGAAGACGACAUCCUUGUUGCCCUUGUCCACGCGGGCCUCUGCGUCGCUCCCCCCCGCGCCGGGCUGGUUUCACCCCUGAUGAUGGCGGCGCAGGCGGGCUGUGCGAAAAGCGUCGCGGCGAUGCUGGACAAGGGCGCAAAGCCCAAUGACGAAGCAUCCUGGGGUGAAACGGCGCUAUCACUUGCUGUUGAAGCGAACAGGCCAGAUGUCGUUCGGUGUCUUGUAGAGAAUGGUGCGAAGCCAUCCCAGCGAAUGCAUGAUCGCCCAUUCCCCAAUCGGGACGACGCCGGUGAUGCCCCUGUCUCUUCCAGCAGCUACAGCGCCUUUACAUUUGCUGUCCGGCAUGGGAUGGUCGAGAUCGUCAAGAUCCUCAUGCCUUACGCGGACAUCACUGACACGACGACAAAUCCGGCCCGCCGGAAUGCGUUGCAACUCGCCGCUGAAGGGGGCCACGUUGAACUUGUCCGUCUUCUGCUUGACACUGGCAGGUUUGACUUGAAGUAUGAGGACACGCAACAUAAGCGGGCUUUCUGCUAUGCUUACAGCCACCCUGGCUUUCCGGAGGAUCUCCUGAAGAGGCUUUGCCCCCCGCCAGACCGAUCUGACUUGUGUUGA